AUGCAUCAUCAGGCUCGUGCUGACGUUGCCCUCGAGAAGGGCGUUGUGCGACCUAACCUCGAACCGGACGGAACCACUGUAGAGACCCUCGUGCAGAGCGUUGAUGUCGUAGCAGCCAAUGUUCUGCAUACCGUGCUUCACAGCUUGCAGCAUGGUUGGAAUGAGGGUGCUUAUGCUACCUUUGUCAGAAGUGUACCCGGCAACACCCUGGGAGACCAUGGGCUGGUCCUCCUCCAUGUGGUAGCGGCGGAUGCUACCCCUGUCGCCGGUCUUCUGGCGCGCGCUCAUGAACGCAGCCUUGCUGCCCAUGCCACGGUACUGUUUGACUCGGAUACCAUUGUGGUAGAAGAAGUCACCGGGGCUCUCUAUGGUGCCGGCUAUCGCCCCUCCCAACAUGCAGCAGCUGGCACCAAGCGCCAGUGCCUUCAUGAUGUCACCUGA